GGAGGCAGCGCUGCCCAGCGGCCCCGCCAGGUCUGCCCCUACAUGGUCAUUGCCUGCCAGUACAGGGAGCCCAAGGAGAUGCCUGUCUUGGCCAUAGAGAGCCUACCUGAGCUUAAUCACAAAGCACUGUACUGUCCAUGGAGGGGACAGCUCUCCAUCCAGGGCCAGCUCCUCUGCAACAUUGCCCUCAGGACCCCAUACAGCUCCACGAUUCCAGCCCAGCUGCCUACCAACCUGGACAUCAACCAUGUCAUGGGUUUGUCUGACUUGAAGAAAAAGCUCCCAGAAGCUGCUUUUGGGAAAAGAAAUUACACUGAGAAUGAAGUCUGUUUUCAGGGUGUUUACUUCAGUCUGUAUGAAGUAGAAAUAUUAAGUAAGGAUCAAUACAAAAUGGAUCAGUUAGUUGAAAGUCUGAAGGAAAAGGACUUGGCAAUCAUCAAAUAUUUACAAGACCAAGGAGUCCUUAUCCUCCUCACGUCCUCUGCCCUGGCACGAGAUGAGGGGUUUGACCCCAAGGAGCCUGUCAGCCUCCUGGCCCUGUUCCUGUUCACCUCCUCCCGGUCCGUGUGCCUGAGAGGUAGGGAGAUCCCCUUGGCUGGCUUCAGAUGCUGGGUUUUGGGUCUGGGGUCCUCACCAGGGGGUCCUCACAGACACGUUGCUCUUGACCAGCUGAUUAAUCUGCUCAGAACCACUUACAGCUUUAGCACAAAGGGUCUGCAACGUUACCUCUCCAACCCCAGCAGCUACACUCUGGAAAUGUCAGCAGCCUUAGAAUGUUUGAGUGGUGCUGUUCAGUCUCUUUGCUGCAAUCCAGAGGCUGGUUGUAAGGUGGACUUCUCUCCAGCUGUGCCACCAGACCCUUCCCCUCCCAACACAGCAGAGGAAACACAAGUCAAAAGUGAAAACCCAAAGCCCACAGUGGGGCUGAACCAGAGGGGUGAAGGGCCCACAAAAGACACCAACUUGUCCAGCAAGCUAUGGGUGCAGCAGAGCAGGAGGAAAUCCAGUCGAGCUGUUGUCACCAGCACCAGGAAGAAAUGGUCACCCCUCAAGAUGCAGCCAGGGCUCACAGCCACUUCCAACGAGCCCAUGCUGAAAUUAGCCAAUUUGCAGUUUCCACACAGAAGGAAAAGAGGUGCAGAGGUCCUGUCUGCAGAAUUCGUGCACAAAACCCAGUCUGAACCUGUCCAGAAGGAAACCUCAGCUCCUGAUGAUCCUGGCUUGGAAACAAAGAGACUAAAGAUCUUGAAGAACCCAGACAUGAAAAAGCUUCCUGUUGCUGAGCCCCUCAUGAAGCCAGUGAAAAGAGAGACUCAAGAAGCUGCCGAGGUGAACAAGCACUCCUUCAUUUCUGCCGAGCACUCCUACGCCUCCCAGAUGCCUGAGCACUCCAAGAAGCACUUGUAUCCCAGAGGUGGCCCCUACCCUGGACCAGCACCCUCCAGAAACGACACAAGGAACACCAGAGCAGGACCCUUGGUUGGGAAAGUCCUGCCUUUCCGCCACCAGCAGAACAUCCCCCCCCACCAACAGCCCUUGGGGGCCCUGAUGAGGCACAGGAGCAGCCUGCUCUCCUCCAGGCUCAAGGAGGACUUCACCAAGUCCCACAGGGUCAACAUGUGUGGUGAGUCCCUGAAGGUGACCUGCCUUUGGGAGGGACAGUACCUCUUCAACCUGGACAGCAGGUACACCAACGAUGACCUGGAGAAAACCAUCAUCCGCGCCCUGCAUGGGCCCUGGGACCCUGAUCUGCCUGACGACGUGGAAGAGAUGAAGCUGAUCCUUCAUAUGUGGGUGGCUCUUUUCUACAGCAAACCCAGCAAACCACUGAGCAGCACGAGGAAGGUGGUGGAGCACAGCAACCCCGAGAAGUACGUCUCCAUAAACACCACUGGGGACUGUCUUGAGCUGAGUGAUGAUGGUGAGGACUGGUUUGGGUUGGAGACAUGUCCUGCAGACUCGGGGACCCUCUUCUCCCCCCUGGUGGAGACGCAGACCCUCCCCACCACUUGUCAGAGCAAAGCCAGCAGGGGACAGCCCUGUGCCAAGGUGGGGGGUCCUGCCAGCCAGGAGGUGCUGCAGAAGGGGGACGAGGAGGAACCCAUCCUGCCCGAGGGUCUGGAAGGAGGAAGCAGUGUCCCUCUUGCCAGCCCUGCAUCUUCCCCAGAGGCCAAGGGAUCCCAUGCUUUUGCUGAAGAUCUGCCCCAUCCCAGCAUGGAAGUGGGAGAGGGAGAAGAGCCCAGGAGGCUUUCUGGAGAAAGCCUGGACCUUGGUGACACCAAGGAUACUUCAGACCUCCCGAGGGCAAAGCAGCUCCCCAGCACAGACGGACAUGUGGGCUCAGCCUUUGAAGACCCUUUAGAGCCUUCUUCCCCCAGCCACUCAGACCAGGAAUAUUUUGGGGGGACUUCCCAGUCUCUGCUGGCAGCCAGAGGUUCCUGCACCAGGGAUGUUGCAGGGAGAAGGACCGAGGGUGGCUCAGAGGGGAGCAGGGAGGACUGGGGGUCGCUGGGGGCCGAGCGGAGCCCCUCGAUCAUCAGCCCGGGGGACAUCGGCCCGGGGGAAACCAGCAGCGGGCACGUUCCUCCCUGGGUCAACAUCAGGGACAGGCAGGGAGUGCUCCAGGACUACCAGAACUUCGUGGUCACCAGGAAGUGCCAGGAGAGGACAGGAAACGUGCAGCCCCCCAGGAGGCGCAGCCACUGCGCGGGGGAGUCGCACUUGUUGAGGUCGCUGAUGAGGACUUGGGGGGGUUUUGAGGAGAUCACCCAGCAGACCCUGGACAUGGAGUGUCUGCGUUUCCAUUAUAAGCUAAAGCAAAUCCUGAGGGGUGGGAAACCACCCUUUUCUACCUCCAAAAGCAUCUUUCCAAAAGACUUUUCUCCCCGGGUGAUGUCUGAGACGUCGCCUGUGCCCGGAGCUCCCGUCCCGCUGUCCGCACGGAGCAGGAGCCCUUUGCAGGUGACCAUCCUGCCCUCUGAGACCUGGCUGAGCAGGCUUGGCUGGCACCACCAGCAAAGCAGGUGGCAUAGGGACCUGUGUGCCCCCUGGCAGGAAACCCUCUGUGACCAGAGGAGCAGGCCCAGACCCCAAACCACCAGCCAAGGCCACCUGCAUCCCUUCCACCUCAGCAAGCUGAAAUGUGACAAGCUGAAGGACUCCAGGGGGGACGUGGCUGAGUUCAACGGGGCCAGGCUGGGGAGGGAGGGUGGAAGGAUGGUCCCAGCCCUUGGGGAGGCCACGAGGGAGUGGCCUUGCCCCAGGGAGGUAGUUGUCUUGGAGGAGAUGAUCGUGGACCUGUGCAGCACCCUGAGCUUCCGCCUGCACAGCCUGGCCCGGGAGGCCUGUGCCCACGCCGGCCACUUCUACCUGGUGGAGACAAGUGAGGACCCUUUCUUUGCAAAAGUGAAGAGCCUGCUGAAGGCAGAUGGUCGCCUGGAGAUGGAGCCCCAGAGCUUCUGCAAAGCCAAACACCCAGACACCCAGAGGCUGCUGGUGGUCAUCAGGAACGAGGACAUUUCCUCACACAUCCACAAGGUGCCCUGCUUGCUGAAGCUGAAGCAGAGCCCCAGCGUGGUGUUCGCUGGGCUGGACAGCCCCGAGGACCUCACCAGUGGCACCUUCCAGGAGCUGUUUCACACCGGGGGCUUCGUGGUGUCGGACAACAAGGUGCUGGAAUCCGUGACCCUGGGCCAACUGAAGGAGGUGGUGAAGGUGCUGGAGAAGCUGAACAGAAGUGGGAGGUGGAAGUGGCUCCUUCACUACAGGGAGAGCAAGAAGCUCAGAGAAGACAUCAGGGUGGAUGCUGAGGCCCAGAAGAAGCACUUCACCCUCAAGUCCUGCCAAGGAGCUGAGCUGGUCGAGGUGCUGCACUAUCACGGCUGCGACGCCGCCGCCGCCCCCGACUCGGAGCACGUCCAGUGCCUGUUGAACCUGCAGGUCCAGCACGUCGGUGCCAGGCUCGCCGUGUAUCUCACAGCAAAGCCCAGCGUGGGCAGGGAGCAGCUUGAGAGCCAAGGAAUCCUCGUGGCCGACGUCAACACCUUCCUUGGGACGGUCCAGAAAGCUGCUGCCCCCUUCAGGAGGAGCUACUGGUAA